UGAUCCAGCAGCUUCGAAGUGUGUGAAGAGAGAUGGGGAGCUUCCUGAUGCAGCUGUUGCAGGGCAGAGCUUUGCUCUUCAUCAUAGUUCUUGGUUUGGGAGGAUCGUUUCAGAUCGGAUGCCACAUCACGCUGAUCAGCUCUCCGUCUCCGUUCAUUCAGAGCUUCAUAAACAGUAGCUGGACCAAGAGGUAUGGUGAAGCUCCAGGAGAAGACACACUCGACCUCAUCUGGGCCACGGUCGUGUCCAUCUACUCCAUCGGUGGCCUCUUCGGCGCUAUAAGUGUCAGCUACGUCCUCAGUUGUCUGGGCAGAAAGAAAGCAAUGAUCUGGAGCAACGUGCUCAGCAUCGCCGCUGCGGGCAUCAUGGUGAUGAGCAAAGACGCCAAUUCUUUUGAGAUGAUCAUGCUGUCACGUUUCCUGUUCGGUGUGACCUCAGGAUUAGUCGGGAACAUCCAUCCCAUCUACCUCGGUGAGAGCGCGCCUAAGAAAAUCAGAGGGACCGUGUCGGUAACAAUGGCUACCUUCAGCAGCAUCGGAAAGUUGACGGGGCAGAUUGCAGGUCUGAGUGAAAUCCUGGGUCAGGAGCAUUUGUGGAACGUCCUGCUCUGCGUUCCGGCGUUUUUCUCCUUCGUGCAGAUGAUAACGCUGCCCUUAUUUCCCGAGGCCCCGAGGUAUUUGCUGAUCGAGAAAGGGCAAACCGAGAAGUGUCGAAAAGCGAUGCAGUGCUUGUGGGGUCCGGGUGACUAUAAACUUGAGAUUGAGGAGAUGCAGCUGGAGCAGGACGCUCUGAAAGGACAACGUAGUAGGAGUGUGUUGGAGCUGCUGAAAGACUCGGAAGUUCGCUGGCAGUGUCUUUCUUUGGUCAUCCUCUAUGAAGCCAUCCAGUUCUGCGGUAUCGCAGGAAUCAGCCUUUUCGCCUACAGCAUCUUCAAGGAGGCUGGAAUUCCUGUGAAUAAGAUCCGCUACGUCACGCUGGGCGUCGGGGCGUCCGAAAUCCUCACCAGCAUCACGUGUGUAAAGCUUGCUGAUCGACGCGUUGGACGGCGAGUGCUGCUUUGGGGAGGUUUUGGGAUCAUGGCUGUUAUUAUGUUAUUGCUCUCCAUCACACUUCAGCUCAAGGAUUAUGAUUUUUGGGUUCCGUACACCACGGUCGGCCUCGUGUUCCUGUUCGUUAUCUGUUACGGAGGAGGACCAGCUGGGGUCAGCGUGCCGCUCGGUUACGAGAUGUUCGUGCAGUCGCAUCGCUCCGCCGCGUUCACGCUAAUGGGAGUUUUGAUAUGGGGAAGCUUCUCGGUGUUUGGCUUUGUUUUCCCAUUUGUUCUUAGUGCUAUGAAGUCCUUCAGCUUUCUGAUCUUCUCGUGCGUCUGCAUGGUCGCAUCCCUCUACAUGUUCUUCGUCUUGCCGGAAACAAAGGGCAAAACUCCACUGGAAAUCGCAGAGGAUUUCAGAAACAUACGAGCUUGUAGGUCUCCGGCCGAAGACAAACAUCUGGAGACGAAGUUGUGAAAGAAAACGGAUGUGAAGUUGUUCGCUAAUGCUUUGCUGUGUGUUUUGUUUGCAUUUAAGUUUGUUGUUUUGUUUGCCUAGCUGUUACAGUUUAUUUAAUUGUAUGGUUCAAAAUUUAUGUUUGUGUUCAGACUUGAGUAAUAAAACUGAGGAAGCUCUGAAAUUUUCUCAGAAAACUUCCUUUUUCAAAAUACAGUUUGCUUCUUAGAAAACAGGCUUACAAGCACUGCAAUCAAUAUUACAAAUGAAUAACAGCUAAACUCCAAACUAGUAAAGAAAACAAGCAGUUAAUAAGAUUAAAUAUACACAUAUUAUAUGAACAAAAGUAUCGAGAUACCGGACAUAAGUGUCUUAUGUGCUUUUUAAACAUCCCAUUCCACAGUUAGUCUCUAUUUUCCUGUUAUUAUAACCUCCACUCUUCUGGGAAGAUGUUCUGCUAGAUUUUGAGGUGCACUUCAUUCAGUUCUAAGAGUGUUAGUAACGUCAGGUACU